UGCUCUCAUAUUAUUAGCAUAAGCUCUCUCUCUCUCUCUCCCUCUCUUUCAUUUCUUAUAGAGCUUCCAUACGGCCUCAUCACAUCCCUUUCUAUCAUCACCUGAGCUUCCUUCCUUCCUUCCUUCCACUCUGUGUGUGAAUAGUUGGUUUGGUUUAGUUUAGUUUAGUUUGGUUUAGUUUUUUUAGCUUAAUUUAGUGAUGGCUCCAGGGUGGGAGAUGGGAAUGGGUUCUUCUGCAGCUGGUUCUGGUCCUAUGCAUGAUGCUUCUACUACUCAGACGUAUCUUUAUCAGCGCGUUGACGACCUCCUUGAUUUCUCCAACAAUGAUGACUUCCCAUUCCCAUCAUCCUCUUCAGCUGCUGUGGAUUCUCAUCUCCAACCCCCUCCAGAACCCUCUGCUCCUUUUUCCAUGAAUGAAAUAAGCUCUUCUUCAAACCACCACUUCUCUUUCUCCAACAAUGACCAGCUCUAUAUUCCGCAUUGUGAGGAGGAGGCAGAGCUGGAAUGGCUGUCAAGGUUUGUGGAUGAUUCCUUCUCGGACAUUCCCUAUCAUCAUGUUCCUCCGGUUUCAUCUCCAGCACCUCCAUCUCAAUCAUCACCUUCGUCCUCUUCCUCCUCUUCGGACUUAGCAAUGGCUGAACACAAGGCAGGCAAUGCCGAGAAGAGCAGUGGCCGCAGCAGCAGCAGCAGCAGCAAUGGCAGAGGACUAGGUGGGGUGAAGAAAGGUGCGUCUGGGGAGGUGGGAGUCAGAAGAUGCACGCACUGCGCAUCGGAGAAGACGCCGCAGUGGAGGACGGGACCGAUGGGACCCAAGACGCUGUGCAACGCGUGCGGGGUUAGGUACAAGUCCGGAAGGCUGGUGCCUGAGUACCGACCUGCUGCCAGCCCCACCUUCAUGCUCACACAGCACUCCAACUCACACCGCAAAGUUCUUGAGCUUCGUCGCCAGAAAGAGCUCAUGCUCGCCUCCGCCGCCGCUGCUGCUGCUGCUGCUGCUGCUGCAGCCACGGGUGCACGCCCGGAGUUUCUCCUUCCCUGAGAAUGAGGUUUUGUUAUUUGUUAACUUUUAUCGAUGGAUUCUUGGGAUUUUGUGUUUACUCAUUGGACGGCUAAAAUUCGUUUUUAGUUCUUAUCCUCUCUUCCUUUAUUU